AUGGGUGAACCUACCGCCAUCUCUGUGUGCCGCGAUCCGGGCUGCUCCCCCGUGGAGUCCGGUUACACGGCGUCCGUGCUGGCCUCGUGUCAACGACUCGGCGCCCUCAAGGCCACCGAGGGUUUCAUGCUGGACGGCAGCUCGCUGGACCUCAGCUCGGUCUACGCCGUCGCUCGCCACGACGUGCCUGCCACCAUCACCGGAAACCAACGUGUGCUGGACCAGAUGACCCGCAGUGUGGAUCUGUUGGGCCAGAAACUGUCCGCCGGUGAGACUAUCUACGGCGUCAACACCGGCUUCGGCGGCAGCGCGGAUACUCGCACCAACGACUAUCCCGCCCUGCAGAAGGCCCUCAUCCAGCACCACAAUGCUGCCGUCGUGCUGCCCAGCGACCGCGGGGGUGCGGCUAUCCCGGGCCUCAAGAGCCACAGCAUGCCCGUGCCCGUCGUCAAGGCCGCCAUGCUGACCCGCUGCAACUCGCUGCUGCGCGGCCACUCCGCCGUGCGUCCCGAGGUCGUGCAGCACAUCCUGGCCCUGCUGGCCAACGGCAUGACCCCCGUUGUGCCUCUGCGUGGUAGCAUCUCCGCCUCGGGUGACCUGACGCCGCUGGCCUACAUCGCCGGCGCCCUGGAGGGCAACCCGGACAUCGGCAUCUACAAGGACGCCACGGGCGAGGUGGUCCCCUCGAACCAGGCGCUGCACGAGCUGGGCCUGUUGCCGCUGGAGUUCGGUCCCAAGGAGGGUCUGGGCCUGUUGAACGGCACCGCGUUCAGCGCCGGCGCCGCCAGUCUCGUCCUGUUCGAGGCCAACCAGCUCGUCCUACUCUCGCAGGUCCUUACGGCCAUGGGCACCGAGGCCCUCCUGGGUACUCGCUUCAACUACCACCCGUUCAUCGCCGAGGCCCGUCCCCACGAAGGCCAGCGCGAAGCCGCCGCCAACAUCUUCGGCUUCCUGACCGACUCCAAGCUUGCCACCACCGCCCACCCCGGCGACGACGACGGGAACGAAGGGCUCGCCCAGGACCGCUACGCCCUCCGCACCUCCAGCCAAUGGAUCGGCCCUCAGAUCGAGAACAUGGCACUCUCCCUCCGCCAGAUCGAAGUCGAGCUGAACUCUACGACCGAUAACCCCCUCCUGGACCCCGUGGAGCAGCUCAUCCACCACGGCGGCAACUUCCAAGCCGCGGCCGUCACCUCCGCCAUGGAGAAGACCUCCUCCGCCAUGCAAAUGCUCGGCAAGAUGUUCUUCGCCCAAUGCUCCGAGAUCAUCAACCCGAUGCUCUCGAACGGCCUCCCCCCCAACCUCGCCCUCGACGACCCCAGCCUCUCCUUCGCCUUCAAGGGCGUCGACAUCAACAUGGCCUCCUACAUCUCCGAACUCGGCUACCUGAACCACCCGGUCAGCAACCACGUCCAGUCCGCCGAGAUGCACAACCAAGCCCUCAACUCCCUCGCCUUCAUCGCCGCCCGCUACGCCUCCGACUCCGUCGACAUCCUCUCCCUCAUGGCAGCCACCUACCUCUACGUGCUCUGCCAAGCGCUGGACCUGCGCGCCCUGCACGUCGAAUUCGUCAAGGCCGCCCGCCCGCAGAUCGACGCCGUCAGCGCCGCCGUCGGCGCCACCGACCCAUCCACCCAGACCAAAGUCUGGGACCAGCUCAUGCACCACUGGGCGCGCAACAGCACGCACGAUCUCUCCGACCGCGCCCGCGUCGCGGCCACAUACACCCUCGGCAGCCUGGUGUCCCUCAUCACGGCGAACGGGGGCGCCCUGCAACCCAACGCCGUCCCCGACUGGCAAUCUCAAGUGACAGAGAUCUUGACGACCAGCUACGCGACAGCCCGGGAACAGUUCCUGGCCACCCCGACGACGAAGGGAUAUCUAUGCAAGGCGUCGCUGAAGUUCUAUUCGUUUGUGCGGGAGACGCUGAACGUGCCCCUUCAUCGGGGGAUUGUCGAUCAUCCGACCGUUGAGACUGGGGAGACGGAUAAGAAGACGAUUGGGUCGCGAAUUGGGGAGGUUUAUGCGGCGUUGAGGAAGGGAGAUGUUCAUUACGAGGAUGAGAACGACAAGCUCAUUGGCGUGACAUGGGGCGCAGCGUUUGCCCGGGGUCUGCGCGAGGGUUGGCUCACAGGCCAUCCUUACACUGUAGGCAAAAACGGUCUUGAGGGAUUGUCUGAAGGCCUAAUGGGCCUUGAAGACGGAAAGAAGCAGAAGUUCUUGACAUGUUUUAGCAAGGAGAAACCAGAAUCAUAG